AUGUCUAAUAUUCAAACUAGUCAAUAUAUGCUCACAGAUUCAUCUAAACGUUUAACUCAAAUGCCAAAAACGAAAGUGAAAUUAAAAUCUAAUGAACAUUUAACAUCACCAGUUAAUGGUGUUUAUAUUAUACCACGUGAAUUGUCACAGAUGAAUACGAAUGAUAAAUUAACUGAAUUCAAUCAAUUUUAUACAAACAAAAAUAACAGUAAUAAUAGUAAUAAUAAUAAUAAUACAAAUAAGAAUAUUUUUACAGUAAUUCGUACAGAAAAAGCAGUCAAAAUGUUAGCUGAAAUACCAAAUCAUAUUGGUGAAUAUAUUUGUCAAUUAUGUUUUCAAUGGUUUCCAGAUGCAUUUUGUUUAGCCGAACAUCCAUGUUCAUGUAUGGCAAGUUUAGCAUAUGCAUGUGAAAUUUGUGGUAAAGUAUUCAAUUGUCCAGCAAAUUUAGCAUCACAUCAACGUUGGCAUAAACCACGAAUAGAUAAUAAUCAUAAAAAUACACGCCAGACAAGAAUAAUCACUAAUAAACGGAUGAAUAAUGAUAAACUACAAAAUUCAAUUAAAAGUUCCAAUUAUUCAACUAAUGAUCAUAUAACUUGUUUAUUAAAACAAAAUUCUUCAUCAUCUGAAUUAGAUCGACAACAGUUAUCCAUUUAUUCAGAACAUAUCAAUAAUGUGUUUAAAACAAGUAAACAUUAUAGAAUAUCAUGUGAUGAGAAGAUGCACUACGAACAAGUAUACAAUGUUUCAAAUAUACAAUUCAAUGAUUCUAUGAAUAAUCACUUAAUAAUUAAUGAUACAAAUGUAAUAACGACUACAGCUACUAAUACUACUAAUGAAGCAAUUCAUUAUUCAAAUUCAUUGUCAAAUAAAAGUACUUCCAGUAAACAAAUUAAUCCUUUUUCAGUUGAAGCACUUCUAGCUUGAUUUCUUAUUUCUAUAAUAUAUUUUGAGUUUUUCUAGGUCACUAUGCUUUUUCCUUCUCUUCCUGUAUUGUAUUUAUGCCCUCUCACUAAUUUGUUACUGGUCAUAAACUCUUUCUGAUUAUGAUUCAUUUUUAUUUCCUCAUUUUAUCUUAUGUUAUACAAACAUCCUUUUUUCAUAUUUAUUAUGUCAAACUUCUUGAUGGAUAAUCAAGGUUUUGACAAUUAAAUUUUCAUUUUCUUAUUGAAAACUAACAUUUAUUCUGUGCCUCUGUUUGCUUAGAUUCUCUGUUAUCACAAUAAGUGAAUGAAUAGAAACUAUAAUGUUUGUUAUCGUUAUGAGAACAAAGUAAAUAACUUCGAUUGUACUGCUUUGAGUUUGAAUUCAUACAUCAGGGAGAAUACGCUAUGCUGAACUAUUUUUCUUUACUUUAUGUAUCAAUGAGUAUUUUUCCAUAUGUAUCCUUUCUUGAUGCAUUUAGCUGACAUCAUUGUUUCCCACUAAUGUAAAUUUUAUAUAAUAAUAAGAAUAAUAAUCCAACUGAAUUUCAUGCUG